AUGUUCAAUUCCAGGCAAUUAUUGCCUCGAAUAAUGAAACAACUGACCAAACCCCUUCAAAUUCGCAACAUAGCAGCAAAUGUCAAGCCCUUGGAAAAUAUUAAGGCUGAAUUAAUUCUAACCGAUAGAUGUGCAGAUAGGCUAAAGAAAAUUACCAAAGACGCUCCAAACAGUUUUUUGAGAGUGGCUGUUGAAGGGGGAGGAUGCUCAGGUUUCCAGUAUACAUUUGAUCUGGAUACAAAAUUAAAUGAUGAUGAUAAAAUCUUUGAGAAAAAUGGAGCUAAAGUAGUCAUAGACGACACAUCCUUGGAAUAUGUAAAAGGGUCUACAAUAGAUUAUCAAGAAGAAUUAAUAAGGGCUUCAUUCAAAGUUGUAAACAAUCCUUUGGCCGAGCAAGGAUGUUCUUGUGGAUCAUCAUUCGCUGUUAGACUUGAUUAG